AUGUACAAGCUGGCCUCGGAGCAAAGAGGACCCUCAAAAGCCCUGUCUGGAUGUCAGGGGAGCUCGAGAGACUUGGACUAUGGUGGAGUCCACAUGAUCUGCACUGGAGCCUUUGAGGCUCUAGAGGCUGAGGCAAUUGGUCUGAUUUUCCUAAGCAGUGUUUUUGUCACUCUUGGUCUUCCAUACUUCACAGAACCACCCCCAGAAGGAGGGACUGGACGGAGUAAGAAACAUCUGGAGCAGUUUAUGAGUUCUGCUCUGCGGUCAGCCAUGUUGUCUCUGGCCUCCUGGUCACUUCGCCUCAGCGCUGAGGGUUGCCAAGCAAGCAGGAGGUCCAUAGCAACGGUCGUCUCUGGCAACAAGACGUCCAAGUUGGUCAGGGAGAGGCUGAAGAAGGAUGUGGAGAAGAUGAAGAGUCAGUUUUCAGGGUUCAGACCCAGUCUGGUUGUUUUACAGGUGGGAGACAGAGAUGACUCAAACCUUUACAUCAGCACCAAACUAAAGGCUGCAGCCGAGAUCGGAAUCGAUGCCAAACACAUCCGGCUGCCGAAGUCAGCAACACAGAAAGAGGUGCUGCAGAGCAUCAUGUCUGUCAACGAGAACCUGUCUGUCCACGGUCUGAUCGUCCAGCUGCCUCUGGACUCCAUCAACAGGAUCGACACCGAGCUCAUCACUAACGCUGUUUCUCCUGACAAGGACGUGGACGGCUUGAGCUGUAUCAACGCAGGAAAGUUAUCUCGAGGUGAUCUGAACGACUGCUUCAUCCCCUGCACCCCCAACGGAUGCAUGGAGCUGAUCAGACAGACAGGUGUGUCGGUGGCAGGUAAACACGCCGUCGUCAUUGGUCGCAGUAAAAUAGUGGGAGCUCCGAUGCAUGACCUGCUGCUGUGGAACCAUGCCACGGUCACCACCUGUCACUCAAAGACGCCGGACCUACCUGAGCAGGUGGGUCGGGCCGACAUCCUGGUGGUGGGGGCAGGCAGAGCGGAGAUGGUGAGAGGAGAGUGGGUGAAGGAAGGAGCCGUGGUCAUUGACUGUGGAAUCAAUCAUAUUCCAGAUGAGACCAAAGCAAGCGGUAAACGGGUGGUUGGCGACGUUCACUACGCUUCAGCCAAUCAGAGAGCAGGAUUCAUAACACCAGUUCCCGGAGGGGUGGGGCCAAUGACAGUAGCUAUGCUGAUGGAGAACACGGUGCAGAGCGCUCAGCGUUUCCUCCUCGGGAGUCAGUCCCACAUGUGAAACCCUGACAGCUGAGGCGAUGAAGUGAAGCUCCAACAGACGGACAUCUCCAGAUUUAAACCCAGAUCAGAUGCUGCAGAUGAUCCUCUGCUGAUCUCCAACUUUUGGUUGAAUCCAUUUUUUAAUCAGUGUUUAGUUGUUUUUCCCUUUAUUCACUGACAGAAAUCAUUCCCACCUGAAAAUAAUGCAACUAAAACCAUCAGUGUGAAACUAUAACCAAUAUUGCUAUUAAUGUUAUUUAAUUUCCCUUUGGGAUUAAUAAAGUAUUUUGGAAUUUGAAUUGAAAACAGGACAUGUUCACUGUAAAUAAAACAAGAAUAAAACCUCCGAGCUGCGAUUCAGACGACGUUAUUCAUCCUUUCAGAUUCACAGAAAGCAUCGCUGCAACCUGACAGUUGAACCAUUAAAAGCCGGUUUGUGUUGGAGGAACCUGGUGUUAUGUGUGGUUCGAUUAAGUAGUGAACAGUAGUCAGUAUGUUACCUGUAGUAAGUUAAAGGUUUAUUUCAGGGCAGCUAAAGACUGGUUAAAGACUCAGACUAAAAAACAAUUUUCAAAUUUUAUAAAAUAACUUAUAUUGUAAACAUUUUAGAUUUUACUUUACUAAGUUGUUAAUGAUUCCCUUUGAGCUUUCUUCCUGUUUAAAGAAAGUUGUUCUUUUCCAUCGUCACCACAUGCUUUUCAAGAUGAGUGAUUGUAGCAAAGUGAAUGGCCUGCCACCCUAAGAUAGACUUUCUUAAAUAAAUAAAAUAAAAUACUUCAUAUUGGUAAUCAGAAGGAAAAAUAGGCAGAAAGAGAAGGUCCACAGCUCUGUGAUCAAACCAUGGUCUGCAGCAUGGACAGCUACUGGCCUCCAUAGAUGUGCCCCCACCAGAACCAAAUAAGAAGUCAGUUUGGAGUUAAUAAACAGCUUCUUGUGAUCUCUGGUGUUCUGGUUCUGGAAACUGGCCUGCCCAGGUUGCUGCUCUGGACACCUUUCCUUUAUGAAUCUCUUUUUCUUUGAACUCUACAGACAAAUUGAUAAACCUUUAAUAAAAGUUAUUUUAUUCUAGCUCACAUUAUAUUCUUAUAAUUAGUUUCUUAUUCCAACGUUUAGUUUUGUAUUAGUAAGAAUUUGUGAUGCUUUGCUUCUGCUUGUUUUUAAAUUGUUAAAAAACAAACCUUAGAGUGAGUAAUAAUUAAUAUGACCCUUGAAUCUGUGUAAUUAAUGUGAUUAUUGAUGAGAAAGCUUAUUUUGAUAAACAUAUACUCUUUCCUUUCCUUCUUUAACACACCAUAGCUCCCUGAUUGUGAAAUUUAAGAUCCUCCUUCUAACUGAUUUUCCAAAAAAAAGGACUGACUGAUACGUCAUUAGUGCUACAGAGGCUAAGAAAAGUUUUUUAAUUCCUUAAUUGUCUGUAUUUUCAGAUGUUUUUAGAAUAAACUGCAGCCAGAGAGCUGGAACUUUUCACCAAA